GUCCAAGUAGACUCCUUUUUACUGUGAACCCUAAGGUGUUUUGAUUUGGAGGACCACAGUGCCAUGCAUUGGUGUGACACUUGCAGUAAUCACUGUUGUGGAGUGGUAGUUCAAUCGGGUAAAAAUUCUGCCUUACAUUAGUUUUCGUUUCUGUCGGUGCUGGUAUUGGCAUUCUUCUAUGUCUUUAACUAUAGUUGUGGAAUUCUCUGGUAACAUUUGAUGGCUUGGAAGAGACUACACUGGCAGAACCGUGGGCUAAACCCAUUUGCGAACAGCUUUUGAAGGCUAUCAACCAGAUCACAGCCAAGAAUCGUCUUGAGCGCUUGUGCAAUUUGAACCCUGGUGAGUUUCACUCCAGCAUCUCAGACACUCUUUCCAGGGCAUCUACCGACACUCUGGCCUCAUUGAUAAAGGCUGGCAAAGCAGGCCGAGCUGAGUUUGACCAGAUUAACGCUCAUGCUCCCAGCGCGACUCUACUCAAUCAACUUCUUUGCCAGUAUGUAAGAACGGAAGUUGAGGCAACUGAAGCGGAUCAGGAGUUUUCCAUGCUCAAGAGCGUGCUUACUUGGACGUGCUGGCCACUGUACAUCCGGCAAUUCUGGUGUCCAGAUAUGAAAUCACAACACUCUAAUCCUGUGAGGAUGCUACAAGAAGACGGCCAGGAUACGAUGCAAAGGGGAAUGAGCUCUCUGCAUGGCCUUCUGGAGCGUCUGACAAACGGCUCUAUCCUAGUCAAUCAUGUGUUGCUAGCCAAGAAGUAUAGCCAGCAGCUGCGCAACCUCUGUACCGAAAUCGACAAUGCAUCCAAUGCAGAAGCACAGACGUGGCCGAGAGUCGAGCUACAGUUGGAGCAGUGUAUCCAGCAAAUUACUGCCAUUAAAAAGAGCAAAGAGCACCUGGAAGCACUGUAUACCCUGUGUGGUACGAGUGGCAUUGAUAUCACGGUGGAAGAUGGCCAAGAGUAUUAUACAGCUGUCGAGUCAAAUGUCGAGACAUAUGAACUGAAUGAGCUCCGGCGUCUUUUCCAUUUCAACGACCUUGUUACCGAAAUACUGCCACCAUUCUCCAUUGCAUCCACAAACCCGCUCUUUGUGAGGUUGUGUGCAAGCCAAUGCGACAUGCUGCGCGACAGGGCAGCCGAAGCGAGUCAACAGCAAGCAAGGCAGCCGCUCAGCAUGCCGAUGAAUGGCAUUGUUCAGCAGCUCUGUUUCCCGGUUUUCAAGCACUGGUCCACAAUUUUCCAAGACACGUUCACUUGUAGCAUUUCCUUGCGGCUUGUGGAGCAUCACUUCAAGGGUGUUGAUCCAAGCGCGGUGCUUGAGUGCAUGGCAGAGUCUUGCCGAAUUUAUGGUCUUGCUUCUGAAGAGACCUAUCAACAAAUGGAACAGUGGAUACCGGAGAGAGUUGAGAAGAUCAACCGGUACUUCCAGCUCAUGCAAGCCAGGGAUGUUUCUAGCUACAUACUGCGCAUUUCCGAGAUUCUCGAACUGAGUGGCGACUUUCAAGCUAUAUUCUCAAUUCAAGAACAGACAUCCGAUGAGUUCAAGGAUACAGCCUUGGAUGCUCUUGUUGAGGACACACUCCAGGCUAGUCUCCUGCUUCUUGAUCUCACCGAAGCGCAAAUAACCUGUCUGAAGAACUUCUCAAAGUGUGGUGCACUUGUGAGUUGGCUACACGAGAAGGUGACAAACGAAAAGGAGCUGCGGACAUUCGUCGACUUGGCAACAAUCGCUACGGGUGAGAGUGGUGAUCUACACUUUGGCAUUAUCUGUGGACUGCAGACGUCAUGUACAGGCUUUUCAAGUCUCAUCUACCAGCUUGAAGCGAUGAGUGGAUUCCCAGAAUUCAUGGAUGCUUGUAAAUCUGUUUUCCGGGACCUGGAAGCAAAUCCUCUUCUACCAACAACUUUGGUAAGCUGCUUCUUCACUGAUAGAGUUCAGUCUCUUUACCUAUUUGUCUGA